AUGUCUGAAGCCGCCUACGACCACGCCACUGGCAGCACUACUCGCAGCCGCAGCGCCAGCCCUCACGACAGCAGCAACGCCUUCUCCGACAGCGACGACGAAGUCGACGUCGAAGAAGCCACCACCGAACCCGCCUUCACCCUAACCAUCCACCUCCACGGCAAACCCAUCGACCUCCCCUUCCACGACGCCUCUGCCACCAUUCAAGACCUCUCCGACACCGUCGCCGAAGCCCUCCACAUCCCCCCCUCCAACCAAAAAUUCCACAUCACCCCCAAAACCGGCCUGCUCAAACCCCCCUUCGGCAACCCCUCCCUCCCCCUCUCCGACCUCACCUCUAAGAAAAUCACCCUCAUGGGCGCCACCACAGCCGAAGUCACCGACCUCGAAUCCACCCUCCAAGCCCACUUCACCCGCCUCCGCGACCGCGCCUCCGCUCGCGCCGCCGCGCGGCACAAUAGACCCUCCAAAACCCGCGACUGGAAAAAAGUCCAAGACGAAGCGCGCUACACCUUCCACACCCUCCGUCCGCUCCCCCACCUCCCGCACCCCGAGAAGUCGCAACGCUUCCUCGAACGCCUCCGCGACGACGCAGGGAUCAAGCGCGGCAUGCGCACGCACGGCUUCGCGGUCGGGUUGCUGACGGAGAUGGACCCCGCGGCGCAUACGACGCACGAGUCGCGGACGUUAGGGCUGAAUCGGAAUCGCGGCGAGGUGAUUGAGUUGAGGUUGCGGACAGACGCGUAUGAUGGGUAUAGGGAUUACAAAGUCAUUCGCAAAACGCUGUGUCACGAGCUUGCGCACAAUGUUUGGGGCGAGCAUGACGCAAGGUUCUGGAAGCUGUGUCGGGAGAUUGAGGCGGAGGUUGAUCGGAAUGAUUGGAGGAGGGGCGGGAAGAGUGUGGGGCAGGAGGAAUUUUAUAAUCCGGAAGAUGAGGGCGAGGAUGAGGAGGCAGAUGGUGGUGGGUGGAUGGGCGGGGAGUUUGUGCUUGGGGGUGCGGGUGCAAAUGAGGCGGGGAUGAGUCGGAGGGAUGUCAUUGCUAGAGCGGCGGAGGAGAGGAUAAAGCGGCAGCAUGAGGCGAAGGCCAGGGAGGAGAAGGCGAAGGGGGAGCAGGGGGAGUGA